CCUCGUUCUUUAUUCUAAAUAACCGUUAAUAACCCUAUCUCAUUCCUUGUGCCCCAUUUUUUAGUUCACAGUUUUCAAACUCUCAUCUCUCACACCCCAUUUUUCUUUUUCUUUCUCUCUAAGUGAUGGCUUCAGACCCCAGCAGAAAGAGCCUGUUAAGCUCAAAGGCCAUAGCUGAUGCAGCUUCAUGGUACUGUGCCUUUCUUCUUGUGGCCCUUUUGCUCCAAACCAUGUUCAGAUACAGCUCCAUGCUUCCAAGCCACGUAGACAACAACCAACUCAUUUCACAGCCAUGCGAGGAAAUCUAUGUUGUUGGAGAAGGUGAGACACUUCACACAAUAAGUGACAAGUGUAGUGACCCUUUCAUAGUUGAGAACAACCCUCACAUCCAUGACCCUGAUGAUGUCUUCCCUGGCCUCGUUAUUCAUAUCAUGCCUACAAGUUAAGGUGUUUU